AUGAUUCUGGAAGACAGUAGUUGGAUCGAUGAUCUUCCUUCAUGUCACCUGUCCGGGGUAGGAUUCGUUUCCAAUGCGAUGUACCGACGGGAUGGGCAGCCUUCUCAUGAACAUAACUUUGAAGACGCUUGCAUUCGACUACGAAGUGCUUCUGACAUUUCUCUCUACUGUGUCAUCGACGGUCAUGACGGUAGUCAAGUAGCCGAGUACGUUGCUCAAAAGGUACCGGAAGAGCUGCUUUUGGAUCAACUGGACAACGUAAAAGCUGACGAGGAGGUAAGUCAUAUCGUAUUUACAUAA